UCGGGCGGCAGAGUGAAGCAGUGGAGAGGAAGGAGUACGUCAGAGAGACAGAAUGGCGGAGGCAGGUUGAGAAGAGAUAGUGGGAGAGCCAUAUACAGCGUCCGCAGAAGUGUGGAAGCGGCGAGUGUUUCAUCCGUCGUCUGAAACAUGGCCAGUAACCUCAAUAUGGAGAGACAGCAGAGCAAGGGAGCCGAUAGAAGGCACAGCGGUGAUGUUCCUGCGGAGAGUUGCGAUAUUUUGAAGCAUUUGUUGCCCGCCGCGGUCGCAUCCAGCCAAGAUGGCGAACAAGCUGUGUGUGAAGGACUAGCGUCUGAGCAAGAAGCUACUGAAAGACGGAGGAGCGGAGUGUCGGAGCUGAGGCACAACAGUUCUCCCUCGGCAUACCAGCGACCUUUAGAUGAGCUGCCACGGCUAAACUUUCAGAUCCCAAGGAAGAGCAAAGAACGGAAAGCCCUGUUCCAGUACCUCUCCCAGGGGUCGCGCGAGUUCGAGGACGUCGUCAAGAUCCUCUCCUCCUGUUACAGAGACGCCUCCUCGGCUGGGACCUUCUCUUACACCAAGGCCCGACUCGUCCACAGCGAGCUCCUGGAGAAGGACUUCAUUGAGAAGAAAAGGGAGAUGAAACAGGAUGGGCGAACAGACAAAGAGCUGGUGGAGUCCUACUGUUUCCUGCUACCAGACGCCUCUAAGCUUCAUUGGAUCUGUGAGAAGGGCCUGUCUGUAGGGCACACUCGGAUCACCACACUGGGAAAUCCAGCUAUGGGCGUUUAUCUGUCCAAAUACUCCGAUUUGCUCCAGAUCAAUACAUUUGACUUGGGUGCCACGGGCGAUAUUAUUAUAUUCAAAGUUAUGAAGGGAAAAGUGAAAAGCAUAUAUGAGAACAUGUCCAAGAACCUCCUGGAUCCCACGCCCAAAUUCGACUGCCACGUUUCCAAGAACGCCGCCAGGGUGACCUCCCUCCUGUCCUACAGAGGGUUUGAGCUCACGCAGCAAUACUUCUACGAGUACUCCUUCGAUGACAUCAAGCACCGCCCCCGACACGUCUGUCCGUACGCCGUGGUGUCCUUCCUGUACAAAGGCAAAGAGGCCACGCCCCCUCCAAAACCCACUGCCCCCCUCAGGUCGAACUGCAGCAUCUCUGAAGGAAGUAAAGGCGUGGCAGCCAGGAGCAGCUACACUGUGUGGAGCGGGCAGCUGCUGAACGGGGGCAGGGUGGUUUACCAAGUGGGCCUGCGCUCCUCUACCCGCCCCUUCCUCCCCUUCAAACUUCCGGAGAAGCUUGAGAUCGGCACGGUGAUGAAUCUGGAGCAGGUGAAGAGAAAGAUCCCCACAGUGCUGUUCUCCUGGGACACCUACACUGGAGAGCGAGAAGUGCUUAAAAGUGGGAUGUACUGCAGCUUGUUUGAGGUGGUGGAUAAAAGCAAACAUGGCAACAGCCUGACGGCCCUGCUUCAGAAGCUGGAGAGGGAGAGAAUGGUUCUUGUCAACACGUUGCUGGAUAAGGGCUUUCUCUUCCUGCUGUCCUCCACUCAGAUGGUCAAUUCCAACGAAAGGAGAGGCGGCUGGACGCGAUGCCUCCAAGCGCUCUUUGUCUUUCAGGAGUCGAGAGGAGUCACAAAGUUCACCUCCAAACGGCCCACCGCCCAUGAGCCUCUGCAGCCGGACCCUCAGCAUCCCAUAAUGCCCCAGCUGGACACCUUCAUCCCGGCGCUGCACUACGCGCUGAUGAAGGUGCGGUCCAACCCGCCGGCGGAUCUGGGCGCGGGGGUGGAGCGGCAGGCGCGGGACUACCUGAGCGGGCGGGACGACGGCAAGGUGCGGCUGUACUACAUGAACGAGUACAAGCAGAACCUGGACGAGCGGGACAAGCUGCACCCCGCGCCCAAGCAGAAGCACAACCUGGAGGCCUACCUGCGCUCCUACAUCUACCGGCCCGACGUCUACCUGCUGGCCGUGGUGCAGGCCCGCGAGAUGGUGGAGAGCCUGCGGAGGGCGCCGGAGUACAGCCCCGUGUCGGACUGGGAGGGCUCGGACGGGCAGGGGCCCGGGGCCGCCUCCGCCGGGGCCGCCGCCCAGGCCAACGGGGCCCACGGGGCGCAGGCCGACAACGACCCGGAGAAGAUGCGGGAGCUGCUGAAGCUGAUCCAGAUGUGGAAGAGGAACGAGGGGGAGGCGCGGCAGGUCGGGGAGGCGCGGGACGGGAGGGAAGGGCCGGAGGAGCCCGUCUGGGAGGCGCGCGGACUGAAGAGGAAGCUGGAGGAGGAGGCGGCGGCGGCGGCCAGCACCUUCAAGUACCUGAGGAGGGCCUCGCUCGACAACGGGGAGCACAGCAGAGAGGAAGAGGGCCGGUCGCCCCCCUCCCUGUCCGCGGUGAUGAACUGCAUGGGCAUCCGGGACACGGACCUGCGGAAGGACCAGACCCACAACACGUCCCGGCUGAUGGAGAUGCUGGCCACCCUCAGCAAGGCCAAGAGGAGGUCCAGCGCCGGCCCGCCCGACGGGCCCAUCAGCCCCGAGGGCGGGGCAGGGGGCGGGGCCCGGGAGGGGCCCGAGCUGAGCGAACCACUCCGCUACGACACCAUGAUCAAGCUGGACCUCCCCAGCGGCUGCGACAUCGACCUGCGCGACCAGGCAGGCGAGGAUGACCUGGAGGAUCAGACUGCUGGCAGCAUGAGCAGCCUGGAGGUGUUCAGCCCCUGCUCCAGUAAUGAGCAGCGCCGGGGUGGUGAUAAUGAAGGACAGAUGCCCUGGUUUCUCAUCCCCAUAACCGGUAUAAAGUCGGAGAAGUACUGCCGCAGAGAGGAGGACAACCCCCAAGACCCCCGUUUCCUAAACAACCCGUCGGCGUCCAGCUACAGCGCUGCUGAGAAACCCCACACGUCCCUCUCCCAGCCACCGGAGGACAGUUACCUGACAGUCGGAGGGGAAGUGGAGGAGAUGGAGGUGGAGGAGGAGGCGGCGGCGCUGGUGGAAGGGGGAUCGGAGCCCCUCUGCCCCCUGGGCCGGGACGCCCCCCCCGGCACGCUGGACGGCAUCAUCGACGAGGCGCUGGGCCACUUUUCGGUGGGGAUGCGGGACAUUCUGCGGGAGGGGCGGGUGAGCUACAGCCCGGAGCCCACGCCCAUCCCGCUGGAGCAGCACCAGCAGCUGUGGGCGCCGGGCGUGGCCUUCUCGGAGUACAUCUCGCACUACACGUCCUCCGUCCCCAUCCACGGCUACGUCACCACGCUGUGCGAGCAGAUGAGCUGCCUCGCGCGCCCCAAGGAGAGGACCGCUCCUGCAGACGCGCUGGCGAACCGCCCGGGCGUCCGGGACACGGACCUGCGCAAGGACCAGACCCACAACACGUCCCGGCUGAUGGAGAUGCUGACCACCCUCAGCAAGGCCAAGAGGAGGUCCAGCGCCCCUGUGCCUACUGACACACCUCCUCACACAUCUACUCAUGUCCCUGUGCCUGAUCUGACACCUUCUCACACACCUACGCACACCCCUGCUCACACCUGUACUCCUAUUCCUACUCAUACCCCUGUCCCUGCUCACACCCCUGCUCACACCUCUACGCACACCCCUACUCAUGCUCCUGUCCCUACUCACACCCCUGCUCACACCUCUACUCAUAGCCCUGUCCCUGCUCAUAUUCCUGGUGUUCCCCCUGUGCACACCCUGGUACCUGCUCCUGCCCCAGCAGCAGUACCUUCUCCUCACUCUGACCUGGCCCCAGCCCACGUUCCUCUUGCACCUGCCCUUGGUCCAGUGCCUGCCUCCUCCUCUUCCCCUUGCACUGCCCCUCCGCCCGCCAAAUCGUGGGACUCCCCGCCCCACAGGCAGGCCCCUCACAGUCUACCUCGCCUCGGCACCAUUAAGGACACAGCCCCUCUGACCCCAAAAGCACAGGGGGUCCACAGGAGGCCCCCCCGACAGGAUGGAGGCAGGGCCAUCGCGGAGGCGGAGCCGGACGGGAAGCACCCCACGCCUCUGCUGACUGAAGCCCCUCCCACCCCGAGCCUUCCCCCAGACUCUGGCUCCGCCUCCGGCCCCGCGGCCAUCAGCAGCCUGAUUAGCCAGCUGAAGCCCGAGGUGUUCAGCAGCCUCGUGGAGAUCAUCAAGGACGUGCAGAAGAACGCCGUCAAGUUCUACAUCCACUCUCAGGAGGACAGCGCAGUCUGCCUCGAAAUCAAGGAGUACCUGAUAAGACUGGGAAAUGUGGAGUGCAACCCUCAGGCCUUCCUGGAGAGCAAGAACAACCUAGACAAGCUGCUGAUAAUCAUUCAGAACGAGGACAUCGCUGCUCACGUCCACAAGAUCCCGGCGCUGGUGUCUCUGAAAAAGUUGCCGGCGGUGAGCUUUGCUGGAGUGGACAGCCUGGACGACGUGAAGAACCACACUUACAACGAGCUGUUCGUGUCCGGCGGCUUCAUUGUGUCUGAUGAGUUUGUGCUCAACCCAGACUUCAUCACUCACGAGAGGCUGCUCAGGUUCCUGAAGGUGCUGGAGAAGCAGAGCAGCCCGGAGAACCUGUGGCAGUGGAAGGUGCACUGUAAGACCCAGAAGAAGCUGAAGGAGCUGGGCAGGUUGAACAGCGAUGCUCUGAGCCUCUUGACCCUCCUCACCACCUAUCAGAAGAAGCACCUGGUGGAGUUCCUGCCGUACCACGAGUGUGACGCUCCCUCCCGCCACGCCCCCGAUCUGGACUGCCUGAUCCGCCUGCAGGCUCAGCACACCCAGCACCGCCACAUCCUCUUCCUCACAGAACGGCGGUUUGAGAUGUUCCCACACUACUCCAGCAAUGGCAUUGUGAUUGCAAGCAUCGAUGAUGUCAUGAACAGCUUCCACAGCCUCAUUGGUUUCCAUGACAACUCAGAAGAGCCACCUGCCUCUGACAAUCAUUCUCCUCAGACUCCCCCUGCAGUGCUGAAGGACGAGUGUGUGGAGGAGGAGGACAUGUCUCUGGACUCUGAGGAUGACGCCCCCGUGAUCGAGGAGCCCAGCGCCCAGAGUCAGGAAGUGGGUGCGGAGGGCGUGGCCCAACAGCCCCCCCUGCCCCAGAUCCAGGAGUUUCGGCCACCCCUCCCCGAGCAGGAGCACCUGUCCUUUCUGCAGGCGUGCUCCGGGGAGGGGCCGAAGCCGCUGGACUUCGCGGCGCUCAAGUCGGCCAUCUCGCAGUUCAAGGCCUCCAGCCAGGGGCAGCCCCCGGAGUACGAGGUGGGCGGGUCGUCGCCGGGGGCCUUCAACGUCAACCCCCACCAGAGCUUCCUGUGCCCGUCGCUGCUGCCCACGUCCUACCAGGGCGCCGGCAGGUACGCGGGCCCCCCGCCGUAUCCCAGCUCCCCCUGCAGCGUGACCCAGGAGCCGGCCCUCGGCCCGGGGCAGGACGACGUGCGUUCGGCCGCCGGCCCGGCCCCCUCCCAGGACAGGACGAGCCACGCCCCAGGGAGCACCGCCCUCGGCCCCCAGGGCCUGGUUGCCACGGCGACCAGCGGGGCGGGCGCGGCGCAGCACGGCUGGGGCCACGUGGGCGGGGUCAGCAGCGCCUGCGGCACGCCCACCAGCCAGGACGACGGGGCGCUGGGUCCCGCGCUGGAGGCCCCGCGGGGGAACAGCGCCUCAGGGACUCCCAACAGCCAGGGAGGGGCCACGCCCAGCUCGGCCGGCUUCAGCGCGCAGGGGCCCGCCAGAACAGCCAACCCGGCGGGCGGCAGCACGCCCAGCAGCCAGGGCAGCCAGGGCAGCCUCACCCCCGUGCCCAGCAAGGUCGCGGAGAAGGCAGCCGCCCCCACGCUGGCCCCGGCCCCGGCCAGAGGGGGCGCUCACGGCUCAGGCCUGCUGCCCUUCCCCCACGGGGUGGGCAGCGUGAACGGCAGGGGGCGGGGGGGCGGACCGGGUCCCGUCCCUUUCGACUGCUCGUGGGGGAACGGGGCCGUGGGUUACAGGGGACUCCCUCCCAGCAGGUCCAGACCCAGGGGCUGCAGGGAGCUGAGGGGCGGGCCCUGCAUUCGGGGCUUCCCUCAGGGCAGGGGGCGGGGCCACCCCGGCGCCUACUACACAGACUUCACACAGGACACCUACCUCUCCUGGGGGGAGGAGCAUUGGUCCCCGGGGGACGGCUACGGCACUCACAGAGAUGGCUAUAAUGGCUGGUGAGCCAGCAUUGAAUGUACAUAGUUAAAUCUUCAGAGCGCUUUAAAUGGGGAAAAAAGAAAUGACUCACAGGAUCCCUUGUUUUCUACCAGAGAGAGAGAGAGAGAGAAGAGGAAAAAAUGAAAAGAUACAGGCCAGCCCAGUGUCCUAUUGUCUGGUGGAUGCUCCUCAUGUUUCAAAAAUCUUGUUCAGACCACUAAAUUUGUAAUUGCCAAGAUUGUUUUAUUGCCUUCAAACGAUUCUGUUGUUAUGUAUUUGUUUUAUGUUUUUCCUCCCAGUCUCUGGGGGGUGGGGGUGUGCACAAUGUGUCAUCUCUUCAUCCUCACACGGCUCAACCAGGUGAUGUUGUCGGCUGCUGGUUUUUAAUUUUAUUUUUUUCCCUUUUUAAAAAAAAAAAAAAAUACUAGGUUGUUCAAAAUUGUUGGAACUUUCUAUUAAAACAUGCCUGUAUCAAACCUCUGGGUUUUCUGUUGGACGCUCCAGUUCAUGUAAGGGCAGACUGGCCUGGAUUCUGUCAGUUGAAGGUGUCCUCAAAUUUGACUACAAAAUAAAUGAAGUAACACGCCCUGUUUACAUAGCACAUGCAGCUGACCAUUUGGAUUUCUUCAUGUCCAAUAACUGCAGAUCUGGAUAAAUUGAAUGCACAUCUGAUUCCUUUAGUUUAAACUAGUCAUCAAAUACGACUUGAGUCACGAAAAUGGAAAUAUAACAUGAAAAGCAUGAACGUUUUUUUUAUCUGCAACAUUUUGAGUUCAGUAGUCACAAAUGUUACCUCAUGAAAUUGUUCAUAGAGGGGGAAAAAAACACUAAAUCUAAGUCGAACUUGAGGACAUGGGAUGGAUGGAAUGCAGUCCAGUCUAGUCUGAAAUGUGAUUAUGAGUGAACGUGCAUUUCCAGUGAGGGGGUUCAACAUGUGAAGGGAAGAAUAAAAGAAUUACCAACAGCUUUGAAACACAAA